UGGAAAAGCGUGACACAAUGAACGGACCUGUGGAUGGCUUGUAUGAUCAUUCUCUAAGUGAAGAAGGAGGCUUCAUGUUUACAUCUGAAUCUGUAGGAGAGGGUCAUCCAGACAAGAUCUGUGACCAGAUCAGUGAUGCAGUACUGGAUGCCCACCUCAAGCAAGACCCCAAUGCCAAGGUGGCGUGUGAGACAGUGUGUAAGACAGGCAUGGUGCUGCUGUGUGGGGAGAUCACCUCGGUGGCCAUGGUGGACUACCAGCGGGUGGUGAGAGACACCAUCAAGAACAUUGGCUACGAUGAUUCUGCCAAGGGCUUUGACUUCAAGACCUGCAAUGUGCUGGUGGCUCUGGAACAACAGUCACCAGAUAUUGCCCAGUGUGUCCAUCUAGACAGAAAUGAAGAGGAUGUCGGGGCAGGAGAUCAGGGUUUGAUGUUCGGCUAUGCCACAGAUGAGACAGAAGAAUGCAUGCCCCUUACUAUCGUGCUUGCUCACAAACUCAAUGCGCGGAUGGCGGAAUUGAGGUGCUCUGGCGUCUUGCCCUGGCUGAGACCCGACUCUAAGACUCAGGUAACUGUUCAGUACACGCAGGACAAUGGCGCUGUCAUCCCGGUGCGCAUCCAUACCAUCGUCAUCUCUGUCCAGCACAACGAAGACAUAACAUUGGAGGUCAUGCGCAAGGCCCUGAAGGAACAGGUGAUCAAAGCCGUGGUGCCUGCCAAGUACCUAGACGAAGACACGAUUUACCACCUGCAGCCCAGUGGGCGGUUUGUCAUCGGAGGUCCCCAGGGAGAUGCAGGUGUCACUGGCCGCAAGAUUAUUGUGGACACGUAUGGUGGCUGGGGGGCUCAUGGUGGCGGUGCCUUCUCUGGAAAGGAUUAUACCAAGGUAGACCGCUCAGCAGCUUAUGCUGCCCGCUGGGUAGCCAAGUCCCUGGUGAAGGCAGGGCUCUGCCGGAGAGUACUUGUCCAGGUGUCCUAUGCCAUUGGUGUGGCAGAGCCACUGUCCAUCUCCAUCUUCACCUAUGGGACCUCCAAGAAGACAGAGCGGGAGCUGCUAGAGGUGGUGAACAGGAACUUCGAUCUCCGCCCAGGUGUCAUAGUCAGGGAUUUGGACUUGAAGAAGCCCAUCUACCAGAAGACUGCCUGCUAUGGCCACUUUGGAAGAAGCGAGUUUCCCUGGGAAGUCCCCAAGAAGCUUGUGAUCUAGAGUUGAUGGGAACUAGGCCCAGCCCUGUCUCUGUCCAUCUUUCCCCAGAAUCCCAAUUCUCAGGUCUCCCAGGCCCUCCUAGAUGUACCUGUCUCCCCUACCUCAGGGCAAAGCCACUUCCCUCUAAUUUUACCCUACCUUGUAAUCCUUGGAAUGACCAGAAGCAACGUAGCUUCCUGGUACUGGGAGGAGCCACAUAGCUUUACAAGGUUGGUUACAUUGAUCUCCUGCCUGUCCAUCAGACAAUGUUAAUAUAGUGGGAAAGCCACUUCUGUCAAAAGGGAAGUCCUUCAUUCCCUUCCUCCCACAGCAUAGACUUGACCCUUGACCCUUUGGCCCUGCUGGGUUCAGCCCAGAUGACUGAAUCUCACAGACCUGAGCUCCUAUGGGCCUGGGUACCCUGGCUUCUUCUAUAUCUGCUCCCAUCAUGCCUGUAAGUUUUUUCCCUGACAGGCACUGGUGGCUCACGCCUGUAAUCCUGGCUAUACAGGAGGCUGA